CUUAGCUGUCAUCCGUUGUUGACAGUUGAUAGCACGACCUUGUAUACAGUUCUUAUCUACAGGUGAUUUUAUCAAAAAUUGUUUUGGGACCUGCCGGUGUUAGGCACCGAGAAUUGACCGUUUCAUUCAGCUUUUAUUCUUAUAUAGGACUUCAAGUCUUUCGGAGUUGUAAGAUCCGCAUUUCUACUCUUAAAAUUUGUGGUGAUUUUUUUUUUUUUUUUUUGUUUCCUUUCUUUAUUUUGAAUUGAAAAAUUGUCAAUGUGUUCAUCUGAAGACUUUAACUUUGAAGAUAUGGAUGCCUGUUUCACAGCUUUUGAUAAAGAUUGUGAUGGCUAUCUUAGCAUUGAAGAAUUUGAAUCAAUUUGCCAAGCACUUUUUCGUAAUGACACUGGCAGAGUUUAUGGAUUUGAUUGCAAUCAACUUCGAGCAACUUUUGAUGUUUUUGAUUUUGAUAAAGAUGGGAAGAUUAGCAGAGAUGAAUUUGGUUAUUGCUGGAACUGUUGGAUAAAAACGAUAGUACGCCCAGUGAGUGCACUUUUGAUAAUUGAUGUUCAGAAUGAUUUUAUUUCUGGGUCCCUAAGCAUAAGUCAAUGCUCAGCUCAACAGAAUGGUUUAGAGGUUAUUGAACCAAUUAAUCACCUCCUGGAAACAGUUAGUUUUGAUGCUAUAUUUUAUUCCUUAGACUGGCAUCCUAGUGACCAUGUUUCAUUUAUAGAUAAUCUGAAAAAUCGAAAAGUACAUCCAUCUAGUCCAGUUUCUGCUGAGGAAGCUCAGACGUAUGAUACUGUGAUUUUUGAUGGUCCACAUUUAAUGCACCAGAGGUUAUGGCCAAGGCAUUGCGUACAGGGCUCCUGGGGUGCUGAGUUACACAAAGAUUUGAAGGUUAUUGAAAACUCAGUCAAAGUUUAUAAAGGAACAAAUCCAGAUGUUGAUUCAUAUUCUGUUUUUUGGGAUAAUAAGAAAUUGACUCAGACAACUCUUGUUUCCCAACUUAAAUCAAAAAAUGCUACUGAUGUAUAUGUUUGUGGUUUGGCCUAUGAUGUUUGCGUUGGAGCAACAGCAGCUGAUGCCCUCUCUAUUGGAUACCGAACUAUUUUAAUCGAUGACUGCUGCCGAGGUGUUGAUUUGGCUGAUAUAGAAAAGACGAAAAACACUGUUUUAAAUCAAUUUGGUGUUAUUGUCAAUGCUGAUCAGGUAAAAGGAAUGGUUGAGGGAAGGGAUCGUCGUCCAGAAUUAGGUUAUAAACUUGCAAUGGAGCUGAAACGUAAACGAGAAGAAGAAGAGUCAAACUCGUGUAGUGUAGAAGAAGAAAACUGUACUGAUGAUUAGAUAUCUCUGCAUCUUAAAAAUAGUGGUGCACCUGUGAUUUUGGGCUUCCUAAAAACUAUUGUUUUGUAUGUGUCUGAUAAAAAAUGUUGGUAUGGGUUCCUCUCUUAUUACCUAAAUGUACCUUCGCGGUAUUAUAUACUUAUACAUUUAUUGUUUUUGAGAACUUGAUUCUUCUAUUCAUUUUUUAAUUUAUAUCACUUCAUAUGAUAUAAUGGUAAUAUCCAAAAUUUUAUUAUUAAUACUAUUAUAGUGGUAAUAUUCUCUACAAUUUAAAGCCAUAAAAUGGAUUCAGUGCCUUACAAUUUUUUUUAAAUAUUUGUAGCAACCUUUAUUUGAGCAUCAAAAGCAUUUAAAUAAAAUGAAAUUAUUAGAAAUAAAUACAAAUGUAGAAUCAUUAAAUCGAUGUGAAAAUUUACCUUAAUAAUGAUUUCAUUUAUAGAUUAUCUAUAAAUAUAAAGAAUUUUAUUAUUUGAACUAUUAAUACAAAAAAGGACUACUUAUUUAUGAGGAACUAAUAAAAUUUCUAAAAUUAGAAUUUUAUUAUGUGAAUAUAAAGCCUAUUUAAUUACAAAUGUAUGUUUUUGAGAAGCCCUUGCACUAUUUAUUAGGUAUGGGUCCAUUUCGUUCCAGUUUUUUUUUUAAUUUUUACUUUUUGUUAUAUUUGAUUAAGUAUAUAGCCAUAUACUCACCAAUAAAAACAAAAUUUGUAUUAUUGGUCACUAAGUGCACUUAUUGGCAUAGUACUUAUAGUAUUAUAUGUAUUUUGUAAAGUACAUUUGGUUUGCCUAUUAAGAUAACAGUUUAUGCAACUUUAAUUUUAUUAAUUUAGGGUGAAUUAGCAUAGUUAAUAUGCGAAGGAUAAUUUAGAUAUAAAAAUAUUUCCUAAAUUGGAAGGCUGUUUUACAUUGACUCACUGUAGUUGUUACCUCAUCAAAGAGAAUAAUAAUUUUUUUCAACCCAUCUCUUUUCUAAAGAAUAUAUGCGUAUUAUAGCUUAUAAUUGAUUCUUAAGACUUGAUUGACUCACAUAAGUAUUUAUAUGUCUUAUGCAGGCCAAUACUGAUUUCUGUAACUUAAGUAAUUUGUGUUUUAACAACUAACAUUUUUUUUCUUUUUUCAAUUGUUUACUGCAUCAUGAAUAUUUGUAGGAACAUAACAUAUAUGUUGAUAUUGCUUCAUUCUCCUAGGUUCUUUAAUUUCUGUAUCUAUACUUCUAAUAGUUUGUCCUCCAACAAACUUAUCUAUUGUCUUGAGGAUUGCAAUUUAUAAACAUAUUGGUAGUCAUAAAUGUACUGGUUUCCUAUUCAUAAUUUUUUUUUUCUCUUCAGUAACUUUCAGCACAUCAAAUAAACUUUGAACAAAUGUAAAUAAUGAGAUUUGGUUUUUCAUUUGAUCUGGGGGCUGAAGACUUAUAUUUUUAUAAUGAAACCUCCCUUGAUUCCUCAAUCAUUUCUCUUCAGAAGUUCUUAAUUAAAAUUAGUAUAUUUUUAAAUUAUUUUGAUUAUACACAAGAUAGCCGGUUUUCUAUUCCAUGUCAGCCGUAUCAGUCAACGCCUUCUGUUUUAAAAUCUUAUUGAGUAAUUAUUCUUACUAUUAAAAAAAUUUGAUGAUUUUUAUUUCUGUGGUUAUGAAUCGAUUUAUUAAUGAUAUUAGAUUGAAAUAUGACUUCUUGAACAUAUCUUCUAUUCAUGACAAAAAUGACCCAUUCAUUAGAUUUUAAUUGUUUCUAGAAGUUUUCUGAAGAAUGAUUUGGAAAUAUCUCUAUUAUUUUCUAAUAAAAUAAUUCUUUUCCAAGUAUGGCAGAUCAUUAAAUCUAAUUUAAUUCACAUUACAUGUAACAUUAACAAUGAAGAAUGGUGUCACUUUGUAUGUAUUAGGGUAAAUUUGUAAAAUUUACAAAAUAGUACCUUAUUUUAUAAGAUUGAUAUAAAAUAGUGCAUUCCUCCUAUUUGAAUAUGUUGCAUUUAUUUAUUUGUUCC